AUGGGAAAUUGUAUUUUUAAAUUUUAAGUUAACACCCAAGGUAAUGAAAUAAAAUAAAUUUAGCUUAGAAUAGUAUUUAAUAAGGUAAUGAAAUUAUUGAUUAAGCAAUCAAUGCAGAUGAUGAAGAAUAAAAAACCUCUAUUUAAGCAAAAAUAAUUUUUAAAUAAACUAGUGGUGUCAAUUUGGAAAGCAUUGAUAGUUAAACACCAAAUGUUUUUAGUUCUUAAAGUUCAAAUAUUAAGACCAAAUAUCAAAAAGACUUAUCACUUUCACCAGAUUUGUUUAUUAGAAAAUAAAAAGAAGGGGAGAAAUUUUUAUAGCAUUAUGAAAUAAUAAAGAAAUUAGGUUAAGGAGGAUUUGGAGAAGUUUAUUAAGUAAGACAUUUAAAAACCAAUUUGAUCAGAGCAGUAAAGAUUAUUUCUAGAUAAUCAGUUGAAAAUGAAACAUUAUUAUUACAAGAAACAGAAAUACUAAAAAAUUUAGAUCAUCCUAAUAUUGUAAAGAUUCUUGAAGUUUUCAACGAUAGUCAACAUUUCUAUUUAAUUACUGAAAGUUUAGAUGGAGGAGAAUUGAUAGAUAGAGUUAGGAAAAUUAAAAAUUAUUCAGAAGAAAUAGCAAAAAUUUAUAUGAAACAAAUUUUGUCCGCUAUGAUAUAUUGUCAUGAGAGAAAAAUAGUCCAUAGAGAUCUUAAAGUAUUAUAAUUUUGAUUAUUUACAAGCCAGAAAACAUUUUAUUUGAUACUUUAGAUAUCAAUUCCAAUUUAAAAGUUAUUGACUUUGGAGCAAGCGAAAAGAUGAUAUCUAGAAAACUGACUACAAAAAUUGGUACUCCUUAUUUUAUAGCUCCUGAAAUAUUAAGAUCUAAUGGAUAUAAUGAAAAAGUUGAUGUAUGGUCUUGUGGAGUGAUACUUUAUAUAUUAUUGAUUGGAAAGGCUCCAUUUAGAGGAAAAAAUUAAUAUGAAACAUUACAACUUGUUUAAUAAGCUUAAAUUGAUUUUAAUGGUACUAUCUGAAUUAAGUAUUAAAAAGCAAAGAUAUGGUAAAAAAUAAGUCCAGAUGCAAUAGAUUUGAUAAAGUUAAUGAUAAAUAAAGAUCCAGUUUAAAGAGUAUCAAUGAAGGAGGCAAUGAGUCAUAAUUGGAUUUAAAAUUAAUCUGAAAUAAGUUUACCUUUUGAUUAAGCAUUUUUUAGAAAUAUUACUUAAUUUAAAGGGUAUAAUAAUUUAAGAGUGGCUAUAUACCAAUUUAUUACAGUUUAAACACUUAAAAAAGAAGAAUGUGAAAAAUGUUUAGAAGCUUUUAAAAAACUUGAUAAAAAUGGAGAUGGUGUUUUAUGUGAGGAUGAAAUAUUAUAAGGAAUGCUCAUGGUUAAUAUAAAUUAAAUUUAAUCCUAAAUUAUGAUCAAAGAAAUUAUGAAUCAAAUAGAUACAAAUGAAUCUGGUAAAAUAGAUUUUACUGAAUUUAUUACUGCCUCAGUUUUAUUAGAGAAAUAAAUAUUGAAAGAAAGUUUAAGAGCAGCAUUUAGGCUAUUUGAUUUAGAUGGUAAUGGUACAAUUUCAAGAUCAGAAAUAGAGGAAAUAUUUGGAGGAAUUUAAAUUGAUAAUAAUGCUUGGUAAGAAAUCUUAACAUCAUGUGAUCAUAAUAAAGAUGGUUUAAUUGAGGAGAUCGAAUUUAUAGCUUUAUUAGAAAAUCUUUCAUGA